CCUGUCCGGGUGCAACAGAGCAAAAGAAGCUGCUGCAGGAUGAAAAGAUGGCAGCGCGGCUGCUCGCACCACCAGGCCCUGAGAGCUUCAAACCCUUCACGCCGGAGUCUCUGGCCAACAUCGAGAAGCACAUCGCCGAGCUGAAGAAGAAGCAGCGCUCCAAGCAGGACAGCAGCCACCGGGAUGACGAUGAAGACAGCAAACCAAAACCCAACAGUGACCUCGAGGCGGGGAAGAACUUGCCUUUCAUCUACGGGGACAUCCCAAAAGGCCUGGUUGCUGUACCCCUGGAGGACUUUGACCCUUAUUAUAUGACCCAGAAAACCUUUGUAGUACUAAACAGAGGGAAAACUUUCUUCCGAUUUAGUGCCACACCUGCCUUGUACAUUUUAAGUCCUUUUAAUCUGUUUAGAAGAAUAGCUAUUAAAAUUUUGAUACAUUCAGUAUUUAGCAUGAUCAUUAUGUGCACUAUUUUGACCAACUGUGUAUUCAUGACUUUUAGUAACCCACCUGAAUGGUCGAAGAAUGUGGAGUAUACAUUCACUGGCAUUUAUACGUUUGAAUCCCUUGUGAAAAUCAUUGCAAGAGGUUUCUGUAUAGACGGCUUUACUUUCCUCCGGGAUCCGUGGAACUGGCUGGAUUUCAGCGUGAUCAUGAUGGCAUAUGUCACAGAGUUUGUGGACCUUGGGAAUGUCUCAGCCUUGAGAACUUUCAGAGUUCUCCGAGCUUUGAAAACUAUCUCUGUUAUUCCAGGCUUGAAGACCAUUGUGGGUGCCCUCAUUCAGUCUGUGAAGAAGCUAUCCGAUGUAAUGAUCUUGACGGUGUUUUGUCUCAGUGUCUUUGCUCUCAUUGGCCUGCAGCUCUUUAUGGGCAAUUUGAGGAACAAGUGUGUGAUCUGGCCCAUCAAUGUCAAUGAGACAUUCCUGGAUAACGGCUCGAGGGGCUUUGACUGGGAGGAAUACACCAACAAUAUGUCUAAUUUUUACAUCAUUCCUGGUGCCCCUGAUCCUUUGCUCUGUGGUAACAGCUCGGAUGCAGGCCAAUGUCCGGAGGGUUAUACGUGCAUGAAAGCAGGACGGAACCCCAACUAUGGUUACACAAGCUUUGAUACUUUCAGCUGGGCUUUCCUGGCUUUAUUUCGCCUUAUGACUCAGGACUUCUGGGAGAACUUGUAUCAGUUGACCUUACGAGCAGCAGGAAAAACCUACAUGAUCUUCUUUGUCUUGGUGAUCUUUGUGGGAUCCUUCUAUCUGGUUAAUCUCAUUCUGGCUGUGGUAGCUAUGGCUUAUGAAGAGCAGAACCAGGCCACGCUGGAGGAGGCAGAGCAGAAGGAGGCAGAAUUUAAGGCCAUGUUAGAACAACUGAAAAAGCAGCAGGAAGAAGCACAGGCUGCUGCUAUGGUCACUUCGGCAGGGACAGUCUCUGAAGAUGCUGUGGAAGAUGAUGGUGGUGGGGUGAGGAUGUCUCGGAGCUCUUCGGAGCUUUCCAAACUCAGUUCCAAGAGUGCCAAGGAGCGCCGGAACAGGAGGAAGAAACGCAAGGACAAGGAGCUGUCAGAAGGAGAGGAGAAGUGUGACAAUGAGAAGGUGUUCAAGUCUGAAUCCGAGGAUGGCAUGAGGAGGAAAGCAUUCAGGCUACCGGAUAACAGGCUGGGAAGGAAGUUUUCCAUCAUGAACCAGUCCCUCCUCAGCAUCCCCGGCUCCCCUUUCCUCUCCCGACACAACAGCAAGAGCAGCAUCUUCAGCUACAAAGGGCGAUUUCGGGACCCGGGCUCAGAGAAUGAGUUUGCUGAUGAUGAACACAGCACAGUGGAGGAGAGCGAAGGCAGGAGGGAUUCCCUCUUCAUCCCCAUCCGCGGCCGGGACCGCGGGAGCAGCUACAGCGGCUACAGCGGCUACAGCCAGGGCAGCAGAUCCUCCCGCAUCUUCCCCAACCUGCGGCGCAGCGUGAAGAGGAACAGCACGGUGGACUGCAACGGCGUGGUGUCCCUCAUCGGGGGGCCCCCCGCCAGCAUGCCCGGGGGGCGCCUGCUGCCGGAGGUGAAGAGAGAGAAGGCUGCCCAUGGCACUGGGAGGAGGGGUACCACCGAGAUCGAAAUCAGGAAGAAACCUGGUGGCUCUCUCUUGGUCUCCAUGGAUCAGGUGAACGCGUCCUAUGGAAGGAAAGACCGAACCAACAGCGUAAUGACCGGGUUGACAAACACCCUUGUGGAGGAGCUGGAAGAGUCCCAAAGGAAGUGUCCCCCUUGCUGGUACAAGUUUGCCAACACGUUCUUGAUCUGGGAAUGCCACCCGUACUGGAUGAAGCUGAAGGAGAUAGUGAACUUAAUUGUCAUGGAUCCUUUUGUUGACUUGGCCAUCACCAUCUGUAUUGUGCUGAACACGUUGUUCAUGGCUAUGGAGCACCAUCCUAUGACCCCACAGUUUGAACGUGUGCUCUCCGUAGGGAAUCUGGUUUUCACUGGAAUUUUCACAGCAGAAAUGUUCCUGAAGCUCAUUGCCAUGGAUCCCUACUAUUAUUUCCAAGAAGGCUGGAACAUCUUUGAUGGAUUUAUUGUCUCCCUCAGUUUAAUGGAACUGGGUCUAGCGGAUGUGGAAGGACUUUCUGUGCUGCGAUCUUUCCGAUUGCUGAGAGUCUUCAAACUGGCCAAGUCUUGGCCCACUCUGAACAUGCUGAUAAAAAUCAUCGGUAACUCAGUGGGUGCCUUGGGGAACUUGACCUUGGUGCUUGCCAUCAUCGUGUUCAUCUUCGCCGUGGUGGGAAUGCAGCUCUUUGGCAAAAGCUACAAGGAGUGUGUCUGCAAGAUCAAUCCGGAGUGUGAGCUACCCCGCUGGCACAUGCACGAUUUCUUCCACUCCUUCCUUAUUGUCUUCCGUGUGUUGUGUGGGGAAUGGAUUGAGACCAUGUGGGAUUGUAUGGAAGUAGCGGGACAGGCCAUGUGCUUGAUUGUCUUCAUGAUGGUCAUGGUCAUCGGCAAUUUAGUGGUGCUGAACCUCUUCUUAGCCUUGCUCCUGAGCUCCUUCAGCGCAGACAACUUAGCAGCAACAGAUGAUGAUGGGGAGAUGAACAACCUGCAGAUCUCUGUUAUCCGCAUCAAGAAGGGCAUUGCCUGGAUCAAGGCAAAAGUGCGUGAGUUCAUGCAGGCUCAUUUCAAGCAGAGGGAGGCAGAUGAGGUCAAACCCUUGGAUGAGUUGUAUGACAAGAAGGUAAACUGCAUCGCUAACCACACAGGGGCUGAUAUCAACAGAGACAUUGAUUAUCAGAAGAAUGGCAAUGGCACCACAAGUGGAAUUGGGAGCAGUGUGGAGAAGUACAUAAUAGAUGAAGAUCACAUGUCCUUCAUCAAUAACCCCAAUCUCACUGUCCGGGUACCUAUUGCUGUAGGUGAAUCAGACUUUGAAAAUCACAACACAGAAGAUUUCAGCAGUGAUACAGACCCUGAUGGCAGCAAAGAGAAACUGGAUGAAACGAGCUCCUCUGAAGGUAGCACCAUUGACAUCAAGCCUGAAGUGGAAGAAGUCCCUGUGGAGGCACCAGAGGAGUAUUUGGACCCAGAUGCUUGCUUCACAGAAGGGUGCACGCAGCGCUGCAAAUGUUGCCAGGUCAAUAUUGAGGAGGGGCUGGGGAAGUCUUGGUGGACCUUGAGGAAGACUUGUUUCCUCAUUGUGGAACAUAACUGGUUUGAGACUUUCAUCAUCUUCAUGAUCCUCCUGAGCAGUGGUGCUCUGGCUUUUGAGGAUAUUUACAUAGAACAGAGGAAAACCAUCCGGACCAUCCUGGAAUACGCAGACAAAGUCUUCACUUACAUCUUCAUCCUAGAGAUGUUGCUGAAGUGGUGUGCUUAUGGAUUUGUCAAGUUCUUCACCAACGCCUGGUGCUGGCUGGAUUUCCUCAUUGUGGCUGUCUCUUUAGUCAGCCUUAUAGCUAAUGCCCUGGGCUACUCGGAACUAGGUGCCAUAAAGUCCCUUAGGACACUAAGAGCUUUGAGGCCUUUAAGAGCGUUGUCCCGAUUUGAGGGGAUGAGGGUGGUUGUCAACGCCUUGGUUGGCGCUAUCCCUUCCAUUAUGAAUGUGUUGUUGGUCUGCCUUAUCUUCUGGCUGAUUUUCAGCAUUAUGGGGGUUAACCUGUUUGCUGGGAAGUAUCAUUACUGCUUUAAUGAAACAGCUGAGGAGCGCUUUGAAAUAGAUAUUGUUAACAACAAGACAGACUGUGAGGCGCUGAUGCCACCCAACUCCACCGAGAUCCGAUGGAAGAACGUCAAAAUCAACUUUGACAACGUUGGCGCAGGAUAUCUGGCUCUUCUCCAAGUGGCUACUUUCAAGGGCUGGAUGGACAUCAUGUAUGCAGCAGUAGAUUCCAGAAAGCAAGAAGAGCAACCCAAGUAUGAGGACAACAUUUACAUGUACAUCUAUUUUGUUAUCUUCAUUAUCUUUGGCUCCUUUUUCACCCUCAACUUGUUCAUUGGUGUCAUCAUUGACAACUUCAAUCAACAAAAGAAAAAGUUUGGAGGUCAAGAUAUUUUCAUGACGGAAGAGCAGAAGAAGUAUUAUAAUGCCAUGAAAAAACUGGGCUCAAAGAAGCCUCAAAAACCUAUUCCUCGACCUCUGAACCGUAUUCAGGGAGCUGUCUUUGACUUUGUUACUCAGCAAGCAUUUGAUAUAGUCAUCAUGAUGCUCAUUUGCCUCAACAUGGUCACCAUGAUGGUGGAGACAGACACACAAAGCAAGCAGAUGGAGGACAUCCUUUACUGGAUCAACCUGGUGUUUGUCAUCUUCUUCACCUGUGAGUGUGUGCUGAAGAUGUUCGCUUUGCGGCACUAUUAUUUCACCAUCGGGUGGAACAUUUUUGACUUCGUGGUUGUGAUUCUGUCCAUCGUGGGAAUGUUCCUGGCUGAGAUCAUUGAGAAGUACUUCGUGUCACCCACUCUCUUCCGAGUCAUCCGACUGGCUCGCAUUGGACGUAUCCUGCGCUUGAUCAAAGGAGCCAAAGGAAUCCGCACCUUGCUUUUUGCCUUAAUGAUGUCCUUGCCUGCCUUGUUCAACAUUGGCCUCUUACUCUUCUUGGUCAUGUUCAUCUUCUCCAUCUUUGGCAUGUCAAACUUUGCCUACGUCAAGCAUGAGGCUGGCAUAGAUGAUAUGUUCAACUUUGAGACCUUUGGCAACAGCAUGAUCUGCUUGUUCCAGAUCACCACAUCCGCUGGCUGGGAUGGCCUCCUGCUGCCCAUCCUCAACCGGCCUCCUGACUGCGACCUGGACAAGGAGCACCCCGGGAGUGGUUUUAAAGGGGAUUGUGGGAACCCUUCCGUGGGGAUAUUUUUCUUUGUGAGUUAUAUCAUCAUCUCCUUCCUGAUUGUGGUCAACAUGUACAUUGCCAUCAUCCUGGAGAACUUCAGCGUGGCCACAGAAGAGAGUGCAGAUCCACUAAGUGAGGAUGACUUUGAGACCUUCUAUGAGAUCUGGGAGAAGUUCGACCCUGAUGCCACCCAGUUCAUAGAGUACAGCAAGCUCGCAGACUUUGCUGAUGCUUUGGAACAUCCUCUCCGCGUCCCAAAACCCAACACCAUUGAACUCAUUGCCAUGGACCUGCCUAUGGUAAGUGGGGACAGGAUCCACUGUUUAGACAUCCUGUUUGCCUUCACUAAACGUGUCCUGGGGGACAGUGGGGAGCUGGAUAUACUCAGACAACAGAUGGAGGAAAGAUUUGUGGCAUCCAACCCUUCCAAAGUGUCUUAUGAGCCCAUCACAACCACGCUGCGGCGGAAGCAGGAAGAGGUUUCAGCAGUGGUUAUCCAGAGGGCUUACAGGGCUCGCUUAGCACGACGGGGCUUCAUCAGCCGAAGGCCUGUGUCCACAAAGCUGGAAAACGGGGCAGCAAACAGGGAGAAGAAGGAAGGCACCCCAUCGACCGCAUCCCUCCCGUCGUAUGACAGCGUAACCAAACCCGAGAAGGAGAAGCAGCAACAGGCGGAGGAGGGAAGACGGGAAAGAGCCAAGAGGCCGAAAGACGUCAGGGAAUCCAAGUGUUGAGACAGUAGGAUUGUA